AUGUUACGUGGUAAUAUGUGCUCACCAAAAAAUGUUCGAAUUCCAAAAUGUGCACGAUGUCGUAAUCAUGGUAUGAUUUCAAGUCUACGUGGUCAUAAAAAAAUGUGUGUUUACAAAAACUGUAAAUGUGCAAAGUGUAACUUGAUCAAAGAACGACAAAGAAUAAUGGCUGCACAGGUUGCUUUAAAACGCCAACAAGCCGCCGAAGAUGCAAUUGCUUUACAUUUGGCGGCGGCCGAAAGUGGUAAAUCGUAUGACUACCUACCACCAGGCCGAAUUUAUGGUAUGUCAGUUACAUCUCCAUGUACAGACGACGAUGACGAAGAUGAUUCACAUUCGUCAAAUUCAAAAUUAUCAGAGAAACCAUCGAGUAGUGAUAAUCAACCGACAUCAACUGCGGAAGACGAUCUAGCAACGACAUCUACAGCCACACCAAUUGACGUAAUUGAUACAACAAACAAGUCUGAUAUAAACAAUAUAACUUCUUCGACAUCAAAUUGCGGAAAUACCACGAAUAAUUCAAUUGUAAAUCAGGCUUCAUUAGAUCUUUUAAGUAAAUUAUUUCCACAACGAAAACGUUCAGUUUUAGAAUUAGUUUUGAAACGUUGUAAUCAUGAUUUAUUAAAGACAAUUGAACAUUUUAAUGACUCACAAAUUAUCACUCCACCAGCAACCAAAGAGAAUAAUUCAAAUACAAAGUUAAUUUUACCAAAUACUUUAACAUCAACAAAUAGCACCACAAAUUUACCUUUACUGUACAACAGACCGAUCAUGCAACACACAUCAGCAUUUAAACCGGUUAAAACAUCAUCUUCGACAACACCAAAUAUUACUGCCAGUAGUUCAUCAAGUUUUUUUCCAUCAUUGCCAAGUUUACUAUCAUUAAGUGCUGCAGGAAAUUCUGUGAAUACUGGUCUAUGUAAUCCAUCAACAGAAACGUUAAUUAAUAACACCACGAUUAGUGGUGGGAAUCACAAUAAUCCAUCUUCAUUGUUAAUGAGUAAUUUUUAUCCAUUUUUUCCAAUGUUAGCAGCAAAUCCAUCCAUUGCUAAUGAAUUCUUGCAACAGCACAAUUCUGGAUUUUAUUUACCACAUUGCUAUACAACUGAUUUAAGUAGUUGCUUACAAUUAUUAGUGCUUUAA